GGGACAAGGGAUGCGAAGACGCGGGAAGGGAAAUCGCGGGUUUAUGUUCUGAGUCAGGCGUAGGCUUGGGGGAGCGGGGGAGCUGAAAAGUAUCGAUGAUAUCUAAUACCUGGCAUCUGAUACCUGGUACCGACUUGCUUGCUGGUUUGGGAUGGGAUGGGGGGUUACGGUUUCCCGUGUUUGGGUUUGGGUUUGGGUUUGUGUGAUGUUACUUUGUUACUUUGUCACUUGAUGUUGUUUUGUCACUUGAUGUUACUUUAUCACUUGAUGUUACUAUCGAUCGAAAAUAAGAUAGACAGAGAAGAAGAUACAGUUCUUAUUUCUCUAUUUUUUUUCUCCCCUCGCAUUCUUCUUUUUUUACCUUUUUUCCUGAUUGCUUGUGUGAGCGCUGUCCGUGGAUCGUUCGUUCAUUCAUCCAUAUAAGUGUUUGGAAAUUUAUAUUUUGAGUGCUAUUUUAUAUAUCGGAUAUCGGAGAUCGAAUAUCGAAUAUGAAAUCUUCCAUUUCGAGUCUUUGGUUCGGAUGCGCAUACAUCUCAAUUUGUAUUGGGGUUGUGAAUGCAGAUGCAAAUGCGAAGAGAAAUACGCAUGUAAACUCACAUCUCUAUGAUUUCCAAGCCCGAAAUCGCGAUACUAUUGCUCGAAUAUAUAAUACGACGAUUUAUCCUAACAAUCUUCCGAUUUUGAAGAAUGGGUCGGCGGCGACGCCAAUGGGGUUGUUUAAUGAGAAUGCAACAGGCCGUAUUUCCCCCCUAGGAAACUUCACCGGCUUCGACGAUUCUACGGAAUAUUUCUUCGCUCUUUCUCCUAUUCCCGGUCAAACCGGUGCUGGGAUAUUGCAACCAAACUACAACGCAUUCACAUCCUACGAACUCCAUGCUUUCACCUCCGGCUGUCCAGAAGUAGCAAGCUCAAUCGUCUAUCUCAAUACAACUAUCGUACAUCCCGGGUCUCCUUCACAUGGACAAUACGUUACGAAGAUUAAAGAGAUUGCUUUUUGGCGAUUUGAUGAAAACGGCGCAGUUCUCUACUACGAUGCUCAAAUUUCCAAUCUAUCCCUCUGGUUUGCAAAAUUUACUGGGGCAGAUAUAUCGAAUGGAGCUGUUCAAGCUCUCGAUAUUGUGACGAAUCUAUGUCCACAGAUACAGGCGAGAUGUACGGGUGCAAAUCAGGUUUAUUCUAGUGAUGUAGAGUGUAUAGCGACGCUCUUAGCGAAACCCUUUGGCACCUUUGAUGAAACAUGGGGCGAUAAUAUUGUGUGUAGAUUGGUACAUGUUGUUUUGACACAAGUUAGACCAGAGGUACACUGUCCACACGUCGGCCCAACAGGCGGUAUGAAAUGCGUAGAUAUCGAUUACAACCAAGAGUAUCUCGCAGACGACUUGGCGCUUUUCGGUAGUAAUGAUGCAUUUCGAUGUUCUGGGAAGUAAGCAAUUUGCAAACCAUGUUUGAAAAAUUUUAGGUACCUUGAGAACUUUUGUGUUUGUAGACCUGGAAGAAAGAAACGGGAUAAGAAUGAAAACUUUAUUGUGGCUUCA